UGGAAAGUAAUAGAAUGGACAGAGACCAUAAGAAGGCGUGUGACUGCUUGUGCCUGUCCGUCUGUCUGAGUGUCUGUUCCAUCAAGUCAACAUGGGUCCCGGGGCGCUGCAGAAGAAGCUCGAGGAGGAGGUGGAGGCUUACAAGAAGAUCCAGAAGGACAUCUCCAAAACAUCAGGGUUAAGGACACAGCUUGAUGUACAGCUAAAUGAAAAUAAGGUUGUGAAAGAGGAACUGGACUUAAUCAAUGAGGAGAAUGUGGUGUACAAGCUGAUUGGCCCAGCCCUGAUUCGCCAAGACCUGGAGGAGGCACGCCAGAAUGUGAGCAAGAGGGUGGACUACAUUCAGCAGGAAAUUAAACGCCAUGGAAAUACCAUUGAAAAACUGGAGAAGGAAGCAGAAGCUAAGAGAGAGAAUAUUGCAAAGCAUCAACAGCAGCUGCAACAGAUGAUGAUGAAGCAAGCAGCAAAGUGAGGCAGACCACUAACUAGCACUAAGGAUUAAACACGUGAACAUUAAUUACACAAAACUUUUCUUUUUGCUUAGCUGCUGUUCAUUUAUGUAAUUGUGAACACUUAUGGAGUUUUGCAAUGACUUAUGCUUUGUGUGUGAGGAAUCUUCUCAGUGAUCACAUCUUCUCUGGGACUGUAAAGACCAUGUUGAGACAGAAAAAAGAAUGUGAUGUAAAGUGUAUCACUACUAUCACAGGCUGCAAAGAAUAUGAUACUCAAUACUCAAAAGAUACAUGUAAUGCAAAGCUGUAUCUGGAUAUUUCCAUAUUGUCUGACUCAAUUAAGUUAUGCUAACUUGAGAUUUUUUUCUUUUGAUCAACGAUGUGCAUUACAGGAGUUUAUACUUUGAAUUCAUUAAGAAUCUCCAAAUAUGAUGUUUUGCUAGUUGGUUUUACAUCUGUAUUGUGUGAGAUACAUAGUUACAGUUUUGCAGAGAACUGGGUGCUACGCAAUAAUCACAUAUAGAGCUCAUUGCAAAAAUGACACUACAGGCACAGUGAUUUAGUGCUGAGAAAAGAAAAUAAUGUCUGUCUCAGCACACAUUCAUCACAUUUACACUGCCAUGACACAGUUCAUGGAAAGUAUGAAUAAAUAAUAUGAACAAAAGUGUUUCUAAAUACAUAUUUAGUCUUUCAUUCAUUUGCAUAUAUAUUAUAUUGACCACUAAGAUGUAUGAUCAUAGAAAGGAGUGAAAUGAUCUAACUUGCUGCACUGAGAACAAUGAGCCACUUUUCAAUCUUUAAUGGUAGGUAAUGUCAUGAAUUACAGGGAAAAGUAAUGUAUGUUUUUGAGUCUCCUUAUGUUCCCUUGUUUGUAUCGUGUAAUAAUGGUGAUAAUUUAACUGAAUCAUCACAAGGCUCACUGCAGAAUGCCUUGCUGUCUGACUUCUUCACCAUGCUAUUUGCUCGCACCCAACCCUGCCAACCUGCCACCCACCCACCCACCUCUUGCUUGCACUUACACCCCUCCACUGAACCUCUCACUGAUGGUUUGCACGAAUUAACAGUGACGUAGCGAUCCCUAUUUUUUUGCAAGACGAUACACUUCAGAUUUGAUAAGAAAAAUUCAUAAACACAGAUGUCCUUAUAAAACUUAUCAAAUAUACAAGAAUAAACUGCGGUUAUACUCAA